AUUGCACCCCAAACAAGCCAAUCUGUAAAAGCAGCUUUUUUCUUUCCUUCUUUCUCUUUUCUCUCAUUCUCGAGAGUCAAAGAUUUCCCCCGUGCACGCUUUCUGGAAAAGCCAGGAUCCUGCUCUCUCAAGGCCUAAUUGAAUUCUUCACAAAGGCUGGAUCUUUGUUGGGUUGCAAGUGAAAAGGAGGGAAGAAGAUACAAAGGAUCAUCAAGAACAACCUCUUGGAAGCUCACAGUUUCAGAGAAAAUGGUGGUUGACAAGGAAGAUUUGGGCUUAAGUCUAAGUUUAAGUUUCCCUGAGAAAAGGGCCACAGCUACAAAUUCUAGUUCAAGUCCACUACAGCUGAAUCUCAUGCCUUCUGCUUCUCCAUCACCUUUUGGUCAUCUCCUUCAGCAAAAGAGUUCUUGGACCGAUACUCUUCCUCCAUCAGAUCGAAGCAUGGAUGCAUGCAGAGUGGAAACGAGGGCGUUUUUGAAAGGGAUUGAUGUCAAUAGGCUGCCUGCGGCCACAGCGGAUGCUGAGGAAGAGGCUGGAGUGUCUUCUCCAAACAGUACUAUUUCCAGUAUUAGUGGAAAAAGAAGUGAAAGGGAGGCUAAUGGAGAAGAUCAUGAGCUGGAGAGGGCUUCUUCUAGAGGGAUCAGUGAUGAAGAAGAUGGUGAUAAUUCCAGGAAGAAGCUCAGACUUUCUAAAGAUCAGUCCGCCAUCCUUGAAGAGAGCUUUAAAGAACAUAACACUCUGAAUCCUAAGCAAAAGCUGGGUUUGGCUAAGAGGUUAGGACUGAGGCCAAGGCAGGUGGAGGUGUGGUUUCAGAACAGGAGAGCAAGGACAAAGUUGAAGCAGACGGAAGUGGAUUGUGAGUACUUGAAGAGAUGUUGUGAAAGCUUGACGGAGGAAAAUAGGAGGCUACAGAAAGAAGUACAAGAACUCAGAGCCCUCAAAUUAUCACCACAGUUUUACAUGCAAAUGACCCCUCCAACCACCCUCACCAUGUGUCCUUCCUGUGAGCGUGUUGGAGCCCCACCACCCUCCUCCCCUCCACCGCCGUCCCCUCGACACCCGUCGAUCCAAGACCCCGUGCCUUGGUUCCGGCCCAUCCCCGGCCUAUCCCGUCGAUCCAGCAUAGGCCGUUUGAUGCUUUACACACUAGAUCAUGAUCAUGAGUAG